AUGAAAGUUGCUCAAACAAUGAAGGUGUUGGCAAUGGCAAUAGUAUGGGCAUGUUUCGUAUCCACGGUGGAACCACAAGCCCCAAUUUACAAGGUCACGUUCACCGCUACGUCUGCCACCAAAAGCACGUACGAUGUGUUCAUCAAGGAUAUGAUAAACUCAUUGAUAGUCCAUGGAAGUUCAGUGCAAGGGUUUCCCGUGUUGCCCCCCAGGACUAUGUCACCUACCGAUCUCCAUCGGUACGUCGUGGUGGAACUCACCAGCAGCGCUAAAAAAGUGUCGUUAGUUAUCGAUUCCGUGACCGUGUACAUCUUGGGUUACCGACCAGGAGACGGAACAGCGUCCUACUGGUUCAAGGAUGUUUCCGCAGCCGUCCAAAAUCUUUUCUUCCAGGGCACUACGAGAGUCAAUCUCGGUUUCGAUGGCAGUUAUGAUGACCUCAAAACUAAAGCAGGAGGAGUAGACAGAGAUCAAAUCCCUCUAGGAUUCGGCGAACUACGCCAGAAGAUCCAGAGCUUGAAUUAUUACACACCUCAAGCUGAUGUCAAGCAAGUUGCGAAAGCGCUUGUAGUUUGUGUCCAGAUGGUUUCGGAGGCCGCGCGAUUGAAGAUCAUCCAGCAACAGAUAGCUGCACUGGCGCCGCUUGUUCCUGGGGGACCUGAUAAAACCUUAUAUCCCGAUGGUGUAAUGAAGGCUUAUGAAACCAGUUGGGGAAAACUCUCUGAUGCCAUCCAAGAUGCAAAACCCGAAGGAAACUUUAUAAAGAGUGUCACCGUUGUAACUGGUCAGAUUGUUUACAGCACUGUGGCAUCUGUGCGUCCCGUUAUCUCGAUACUGCAAAAACAGACUUCCGCCACAUAUUCUGCUACCGCCCUUCUUGGCCAGGUUUUUUGCUGUUCUAGUUUGUACCCUUCACGUGUUGCUCAGUUUGUUGCUGUUUUGUCAGGAUUGUUUUUGUUUGUAGGUUGGUCCAUGCUUGGAAGGGGUUUUGAUUUUCUUUUGUAUCCGUGA